AUGCCGAACCUCGCCGCGCUUGUGUCGUGCACCGCUUCCCUGCUCCCGGGGCAGCCUGUCCCUCCUGAGUCCCGGCACGCUCGCGACACGGGUCUCCUCACUGACAUCCCGCCCCGCAGUGUCCCUGCCGAGGCGGAGGAUCCCGGGGAGGACGCCGAGCGGCGCGCGCGGGGCUGCCGGCCCCCGUACCAGCGCACGGGGGGUGCUGUGGUGGUUGGCCGCGAGCCUGGCGUGACCUCCGUGGAGGUCCGCUCGCCCGUCUCGGACUCCUUUCUGGGUGAGCAGAUGCUGGUGGUGUCAGAGGAGAAGGUGACAGUGACAGAGCUACGGGCCCAGGUGGUGUCCGGGCUGUCCCUGAAGGUGACGGCUGAGCCGGGGCACCCUGACGUCAUCCUGGCUACCUGCCACGGCACGGCUGCGCUGCGCUCCACCAAGCAGGAGGCAACGCUGUCGGUCUGGCUGGCCUUCUCCGACCACACGUUGGCCCCGCUGGAGCUGUAUGGCUGGCAGGAGGCUGUGGUGACCGUGGCCUCGGACCCUGCCGGAGUGGGACCAGCCUCCACCAAGCUCCAGGGGCUGGGGUCUUCCUCGGAGGAGGAGGAGGAAGAGGAGGAUGGCUACGGGCACAACCGCGCUGGUGGGGAAGAAGAGGAAGAAGAGGAGAUGGUGAAGGCCCCUGAGCGUGUGACUGACCUGGAGAUUGGCAUGUACGUCCUGCUCAGUGUCUUCUGCCUGGCCAUCUUCAUCUUCCUCAUCAACUGCAUCUUCUUCGUCCUGCGGUACCAGCACAUGGAGCCGCCGGGUUCCAUCCUGGUGGCCAGCGAGGACGACAUCCGCUGGGUGUGCGAGGACAUGGGGCUCCGGGACCCCGAGGAGAUCAGGAGCUACAUGGAGAGGAUCCGGGGCAGCUCCUGA